AUUCUAACUCUAGUCCCUAUUUCCCCCAAUCUAUUAAAACAAUAUGUCAUUACUGAUUAAAAGAAUGAUAAAACUUUCGCCAACAAAUUGAUGCCUAUAAAAGAUUUGGUAAUGCGAUGAAAGGCGUGGGCCGGUGGGGUUCAUCCAAGAAGGUGAGUUGACGGGGCACGGGCGCUCUCCUUCAGCGAGCAUUAACAUGCGAGACGCGAUGUGCGCGCACAUACUUGCCAUGAGCAAUGCGGAACGUACCGACCUCACUUAGAGAAUUUAAUUGUGUUCCAUUAUCAUAUUUAGGUUCUUUUACGGUAAGUCAAAAGUGAAAACUGAAUGAGAGGCUACAUCGCUUGUCAUUCGUCAGUCGCGAUCGAUGGCGAUAACUUCCUUCGGGCGGUAGCUAAAUUUACAAUCGGCAAAAUGUUGUUUCGGUAUUGUGCUGCUUUACUGGCGCUCGCCGUUUGCGCCUCCGCGAUAGUAGCCCCGAAUAACGUUACCAAGACUGAUACGCUGAAAGCAGAUUCAUAUUUGGCCGCCUAUUCAAAAUCACGGAUAGAAGCAGAAAAGGCAAAACAAGGCGUUAUCAUAGUGACCGCGAAAGACGGCGAAAAGAAAAUAUCGAAUCGUGACGACAGUUCGUCUGGAUAUGAUUAUUCUCCACCGAGCGACAGUUUCAGUUCAUCAGGAUCGUCAAGUUUCUCCGGACCAUCCAGUUACUCGCCAUCUCCGAGUUACGGAACGCCAGUAAAAUUCGAACCUGAAAUUACCUAUGACACUCCCCCGAAUACUUAUGGCCCUCCGUCCCCUAAUUAUGGUCCACCAAGCCAUUCGUAUGGACCUCCGGCACAAACAUAUGGCCCGCCGGCUCAGACAUACGGACCACCGGCUCAGUCGUAUGGGCCACCGAUUUACAAACCCAUACUCCCAGUCUACGGACCGCCCCCGAAACCAUCUUACGGUGUACCGUAUGGCAUGACCGGUUUUAAUUUCUUCGACAAACUGUCUUUGAAAUUAGACAUCCUAACGAUUGCAAAGCUGCUCCUCAAAUUUCUAAUAUUCAAGAAGAUAGUGACAAUGCUGGCUGUAGUUUGUAUGUUGCUUGUGAUACCAAAGCUAAUCAAUUUCAAAAAAGACGACGCUGUUAAUAAGGAUGAAGAGGACCGGAGCUAUGGAGCUAGAAACGUGGUGCAGUUAACAUCAGCGCAGCAGUUGUUGGAACGCGCAAUCCUUGUCUACGGAAGGCAGGAACCUUCGUGUGGCGUUGUUUGUCGAAUGCGCAGAGUUGUCGACGACAUUUACGAAUUCCAACCUUAUACUAGAAGUAACAAUGUUGGCUCGUCGUUGUCAUUAUAAAGAGAAGCUAAAAAUGAGUCCGGUGCCAUCGGCGUUAGUCGUGAAAACUACCUACGUAAUUCUACUAUUUAUUGAUUAUAAA